CAUAAAUAUGGCGCCAAAAGAGUUUUCGAGCUGAUCAGGAGAGCUGUUUUUUUCACUGUGUUGUCUAUUAUUUUCUGAAGGUGUUCGGGGAGAGAGGAUGCAGGAGAAGACCCGCCUGUGCAUUAGUGCAGACCGGUGUGCAAGUAGCCCACUGUGCACGUCGGGUUAAAGGAGUGGAAGCACAGCAGCAAGUGAAGACGGAGAGAGCUGGAUGUCUUCUUUUUGAAGGAGGGACAUUGCGAAACUGGCUUGCAAUUUCUUCUGACUCAUCGUUUGGAUAUAAAGCAUCCUUUUUUUUUCCUCUUUAUUUUCUUACCCCUCCUCCUCCUCCCCUCGCUUCUCCGUGCCCCCCUCCCGCACCGCUGGUAGACCUACUGGAGAGGAGAGCACAGGCGGAUUUUGACACCACGUUUGGAACUGCUUUUUGCAAAAUGCGACAUGAUUUCCUGUGAGCGGUGUGUUUGUGCGCACCUCGCAGCCUGCUAAACUGUGAGCAGCAGCGGGACCAGCGACGACAGCAGCACGGGUUUGUUUUUGUUGACUUCUAACGGCCUCAACUUAGCCUGGCUGCCACUCUUGUUUCGGUUUUAUUUGGGAUUUUUGGACUCCGGGGUUUUUUUUUUUUUUUUUUGCAGGGGCUGUCAACACGCACCGUGAGGAGGACGAUAGGGGAAGGAGGCAGGAGAAGGGACCGUCCUGUCACCCAACGUGGAUUCAGAGUCGGGGCUGUUUAGCAGCACAGCUAGGCACCGGGUGGGCACAGUGAACUAGUACACAGCUAAAACCCUACACUGUGAAACUACAUGUGCCUGGCUCCCAAUGAUCUCCUAAUCUCUGGGAAUCCCGCGCCGUCCAGGUUUGAGGACGUAUCUGCACCCGAAGCUGACUGCAAUCAAGAUGGAGAGCGAAAAGAAGAGGAGAAAAUACUCCACGAGCAGCAAUGACUCUGACACCACCGACAGUCAGGUGACGUUGUGGUCCAGGUCAUCCAAGAACACAGGCACCAGCAGCACAUGGGUCCGCCACCAGCACAAGAAACCAUCAGAGGUAUUUCGCACGGACUUCAUCACAGCCAUGAAGCUGCCAGACUCAGCCCAACUCGGCCCUGAGGACUUCUAUGUACUCUCCGACCCAUGGAGACAAGAGUGGGAGAAGGGUGUUCAGGUCCCCGCCAGCCUGGAGGCCAUACCAGAGCCUGUGGUCAGGUUGCCUCCAGAGUCGGCAGGUGGGCUGUCCAACAACAGGCAGGACAGGGAGGGCGUUACCCAGCAUCCCCCCACCCAGCGCUACAGCUGCUACGACCUGGAUGACCUGGAUGUUGCCUGGCUGGAGCUGGUGAACCACGAGUUCAGACAGAUGGCGUUACCAGAGCUGGAUGAGCUGACAAUGGAGAGUGUUCUGGUCGAGCUGGAGAGUGUGUGUGACGAGAAGAUGCGGCAGGCCAUCGAGGCAGAGGAAGGUUUGGGCAUCGAGUACGACGAGGAUGUGGUGUGUGACGUCUGCCGCUCGCCAGAGGGAGAGGACGGGAACGAGAUGGUUUUCUGUGACAAGUGCAACGUCUGUGUUCAUCAGGCGUGUUAUGGCAUCCUAAAGGUACCCCAGGGGAACUGGCUGUGUCGGACCUGCGCUCUGGGCGUCCAGCCCAAAUGUCUGCUCUGCCCCAAGAGAGGGGGGGCCCUGAAGCCCACCCGCAGUGGAACCAAGUGGGUCCACGUCAGCUGUGCCUUAUGGAUCCCUGAGGUGAGUAUAGGCUGCCCAGAGAAGAUGGAGCCCAUUACCAAGGUGUCCCACAUCCCCGCCAGCCGCUGGGCUCUGUCUUGUAGCCUGUGUCGAGAACACACAGGAACAUGCAUACAGUGCUCCAUGCCCUCCUGUAUUGUGGCCUUCCAUGUGACAUGCGCCUUCGACCACGGCCUGGAGAUGAGAACCAUCCUGGCAGAGAAUGACGAGGUGCGCUUCAAGUCCUUUUGCCUGGAGCACAGCUGUUCUGCCAACGGCAACAGCACUACCAGCAACGUCGCCUCCAGUUUGACCAGUGUGACCAACGGCAACCAAACAACCACUCCCACCACCAACGGAGUCCAUCCAGCUGGAUCUGAUUGGGCUGCUGAAGUCAGUCCUGAGCCCCGGCUCGACCAGCAGCACCAGCUAAACAGCAGCAGUGACCCUGAGAUAAGGCCCAUGUUGUACCCGGUGUCGAUGUCAGUGUCAGAGCGAGCAGAGCGGGAACAGCUAGAGAGGGAGAAGGUGAGCCAGAGGAAGCAGAAGCUCCAGGAGCUGGAGGAUGAGUUCUACCGACUGGUGGAGCCCAGAGAGGUGGCUGAAAACCUGGCACUGCCUGUACCACAAGUGGACUUUUUGUAUCAGUUCUGGAAGCUUAAGAGGAAGGCCAACUUUAAUCGACCUCUGGUGACCUUAAAGAGGGAUGAAGUGGACAACCUGGCCCAGCAGGAGCAGGACGUCCUCUACAGACGACUCAAACUCUUCACACACCUACGACAAGAUCUGGAGAGGGUGCGUAACUUGUGCUACAUGGUGACACGGAGGGAGAAAAUGAAACACACCCUGUGCGACCUCCAGGAGAAGAUCUUCCACCUGCAGAUACAACUACUGGAAGAGGACAUCGCUGGAGAGAAAAGCCAGAAAGGAGAAAAGAGGAAGCAGAAUGGCGUAAUGGAAAAAGGGAAGGAGAGGAGGAAGAGUAGUCCUGAGAAGAAAAAGGAGAGAUUGAAGUCAGACAACGGCUCCCUGCUAAAAGAGCUAGGUUUGUCAAAGUCCUUCCCAUUGGACAACUCUUUGUUCGACAGCUGGCUCGCCCAGUCGGUUCAGAUCACAGCUGAUGACAUGCUGAGUCAGUGGGCUCUAGGCGCCCAACAUCGGGACAAGAGUGGCAGCCUGCUUUCCGACCAGCUCCAGCAAGGGGAGGAGAGCCUGCUUAACCUCAUGAUGGAGAACUCCAUGCAGUCUACUUGGAAAACACCCCAGCUAGGUCGCAAACCAAGAGGGAGCAGCAAGGCCCGUGCUCGGGGACAUCCGCAGUCCACCACCACCACUGAAGCCCAGAUACUUCUGCCUGCAGGGGCUGCUUCCAUCGUCAGCAGUCCCUCCACUGCCAAGAGCUUCUGGUCCAGCGUGGCAGAGGAUAAGCAAAGCUUUGCAGGUAGAAAAGUGGAAAAGUCUAGGGGCACUUCCAAGGUCCUGCAUCACCACCACCUUCAUCACCACCAGACCAGGAGCUCAGACCUGCACAAGGACCCACCACCACAGCCUCCCAUUUCAAAAAUGGAUUCAUGUCACAUUUCUGAGGACCGCGACCGCUGGGAUAGCGUUCUUAUUGGGAAUGGUGUUGCAUCAGGGGCUGGUUCUGGUUUCACCACAAGCUCAUCUCCUACCCCAGCCUCUAGCCCAGGGCCCAUGAUGCCUGACAUUCUUCGUGGUGGGCCAUCACGGCUCCGCCUGUCCCGCCAGGGUAAAUCCAGAAAUCGAGGAUUCAGUGGAGGUGGAGGUAUUGGAGGGCUGGAGUCUGUAGACAUGCAGCUCACAGGAAAAGACACGUCUCUGCUGGAUGCUGCAGAGACCGAUGGGUACUUCUCCGAUGGCGAGCAGAGUGACACAGACACACGCUCUGCUGGACGCAAACUCCGCCUGUCGCAGUUGCAUUCUGGGAAUGAGGACUUGCUAAGACGGAGCGUGCUGGCAUCCUAAAGAAUUGACUAAAAACAAACACACACACAUAGUAAUCCAAACAAAUUCCUGCUGGCUAGUUGUUUCACCAUCUGUGUAGACAUUCUACAAAAACAUGGCUGGAUGGCUUUGUUCAACCAAAUCCCUCUCACGUUAACCAGAGGGAAAUCUCUUCAGCUCUGACCUGCUUUGUUUUUGAGAUGAUUUUGAAUGUAGCUGUUUGCCUGUCGUUCAGAAUCGUUAUCCAUCGGACCCCAACCACAAAAUGCUGAACAUUCAAUGAAUAGGAAACAAACAUUACCUUCAGUCUUUUUUUCUGUUUUGUAUUUCAGAUUCAUUUUUGUUUCUGGGCGUUUAGAGAACCCUAUUCUGGCCUCAUGUCUGUGAUAUCUGCCAGACUUGGGAACAAACACUUUGGGGCAUUAAUAUUAUUGUUAUUCAAGCUGGUUUCAGGGUCUGCUUCGCCCCUGGCCUUUGUGGCCUGAGAUGCAUCCAAUGAGUCCUUGUUUCCUUGAAUAUGUUCAUUGGAAAGAUGAUUUCACACCAGUGCUGGACUGAAUAUGUAUAGAGGGUGACAUGGAACAACAUGUAUUCAGCCUUGAAAAGCACAACUAGCUAGUCGUAAGAGCUGUAUUGUAAGCACUUGUGUGUAUAAUAGAUGCUCAUUCAGGAUUGGGGUCAAUUCUCAUCACAUUGACUCAGCUGUAAUAUUUUGUCCUAAGCUGUCACUCUCCACUUUAUCUUGACCGACUAAAAUUACAGAUUUCAGUGUUUUCCAGUUUUUGAUUUGACCCCAACCCUGGUGCUCAUUGGGAUUAUCACACAGACACACAGACAUACUGACACACUGACACGCAUAUGACCAUGAGCAAAUCCCUUUGCUCAUACAACAGCAAUUGCUGAAAUGUUGACCUGACUUUUGACAGCUAUUUUCAAAUUCUUCCUGAUUCUGAGUUUUUGUUUUCAAGUCUUUCAAGUCUUUCAAGCCUGACUCUUAGACGAAAAAUCAUCAUAGAACUCUGUGCCUUCUGUCGCUUACCCUGUGCCCCAGCCCCCUUAACCCCGAAAACCUUAUCACUCAACCAACAAUCAUUAAGCAGAUCAAUCAGUCGUAUCUCAAUCGGACUUGUAACAAUCAAACCAUUGUUGGAUUGGUUACAGAGUGUAGCCAGCAUUGGGCUCCUUGUCACCUUAACAAUUAUCUAGUGCCUGAAACAAGGAUGUAAAUGCAGCAUUUUUCAUUAAUCAAACAAAUCCUCUGCAACUGUUAGCAAAGCAGAGACAUGCAGUGCAAAGAGCUGCUUACUGUUCUGUGCCCCCCCAACCCAAAUAGAUCUCUGCAGUCCAGAGCCAUCAAUACAAAGAGUUUAGGUAGUUACAAAUUAGCAUCUAAUUUGCAGUAACUUUAAAAAUUUUCUCGGUCCUCAAAAAUCAAACAUGUAUCUCGUUACUAUACAAGAUCGCCCAGGUCCCCAGUAAAAUUGAAAGAGUAAAGGCUUCAGGCAUCAGGAGGGUAGAAUGAUGCUCAACACAGUUCUUUUUAAGUUACGCAUUGAGCAGGUUUAUGAUACCAACAUGGCUGCCGCUUGAGUUUGGCCUGGAUGAGUUCUGGUAACCGAUGGCUCUGCUUGCUGCACCUGUUCUCCUGUUACAUGAAUGAUGACAAUGUUAUAGUCAGCUUCAGAGGCCUGCGAUCUUCAGUUCUUGAAUUGAGUUGUUUGUAAAUUAGUUUUCUCUUUUCUUCUUUUUUUUUGUUCUCUCAGAGAGUUGUAUUUUGUACCUAAAGCAGUCCGUGUUAUUCUCAGGGGUUAAAAAGAAAUCUUUUGAAAAAAGAAUAAAAGGUUGAAAAUGUAUGGAAAAAGUGACGCCAGACAUAGAUAAAUAUAUAUAUACAAACAUAUUUUAUAUCAUACAGUAUAUAUAUAUAUAUGUAUAUGAAGUGAUUUGUGUAUGUCUAGAUACUUCCUUAUUUGGCGAUCUUCACUGUUUGAACUCCUACACGACUACUACUGAGCAUUUUGCCUCUCUCAGUAUGAUGGUAUAACCAUCAGCCCUGGGUUCAGUUGUUCCAAACAAUAAUCAAUGCUCAUCUGAUUUCUAAGAACUUUGAUACCUAAUCAAUCAGGUUUCAAAUGAGGCUUAAACAAAGCAUCAAGCGUGAUUUUAAGGGCUGCUUGACCCAGGCCUGAUGAACCAACACUUAAAAAGUGUUUGAUCUACUUCCUUUUGUUUUCUCCAUAUGGACAGUUAUGUAACCUGUCUUCUAAGUGACCACGCCAAAGAACAGAUCUAUGUAUCAAGGCAGCAUAUUUUACAUCUUAUCUACAGCAACACACAAACACACUCCGCUCCUUCUCUGGCCUUCUACGUGAUGAAUGCUAGAUAAGGAUGUUACACAACUGUUACAGCGCUGUCAUGGCCAGCAUGGUUUAAUCCAGACGCCAACAUUACCUGGAUUGUCUCCGAGAUCUGCAUUCACUGGGUUCACAUUGGAAAAAGCCUGCUUCCACAGGACUGCCCUUAAAUGCAGACUCACACAUGUUAACCCCCUUCAGAAGAAGCCAAAUGCUGCUGAACUGAACACACACAUUGUAUACAGCUCCAGCACGCAUCUAUACACACACACACACACACACACACACACACACACCAGAGCUGGUAUAACAGGGUUAAUGUAAUGUUCAAGAUGACUAGUUUUUUACGUAUGUGUGGUCCUGACUGCAUCAGGAAGAAUGAGCUUACUCAGAGGGAAACACCCCCCUAAUAGCAGGAAAGUAUUAUUACAGGUGACAGAGAAGCAUCUCUGUCCUUCAGGUGUAGCAACCGUAGAAGUCUCCUCACUUGUCUGUUCUUUAACAUGAAGAGGCAAAGUCAGGAAAAUCCCUCUUUUUUUAAGGCAGGGCUACGUGUCAAACUUUGCAAAGAAAGGCAGAGGGAUUUGGACUUCUACAACGGCUAUAGUUAUUACACCCCUAAUGGAAACUGAUCAAGAUAACACACACACACACAACAGUAACAGCAACAAAGCUUGAAGUGAGGUUUUUGUGGACGUAUUACUGCUCACAGAACCCGGCACUGGGUUGCUGUUACCAUUCAUGUAUUGGUAAUACAGAAAAAUGUAAUCUUGGUUUCAAUAUUCAAUGUUUGGAGUAGCCUGACUUUGUAGACAGUGGUAUUAGACAAGGCCUCUCAUUAACGGCCUUUACAUGUAGUAGCAAAUGCUAAGGCUGCACAGCAUAGGCAGAAGAAAUGGCUGCACUACCCCUACUGAAAGUUAUGGCGGUAGUUAGGUUAAAAACUCUUCUCAUUAUUGUGAACAGCAGUUUACCUGAAGACCGCACUAUGAUACCAUCUCAGUCAAUUUGGUUUUGGAAUUUUUGUUAACCUUGAUACUGUGCAGCCUUGGCAUACACAAACUGGUUGUUAUUCUAUAUUUACAGUGUGGCUUCAAUGCCCUCUCCUUCUGUUCCGUAGAUACUGUAGACUGCAGUCUCUUGCAGGAUCGUUUUCUUCAUUUUUUUUUUUUUUUAUCAACUAGAAUGCAACUUCAAAGCAUCACCGUCCUCCGUGUGGUACGCUGGUGUGGGUGUUGGCUCACAGCCCAAAAUGUGCUCUGAUGAUCUUUUUGAAUUUUGCAACUGUGUCAGGUCAGAUAUCCGCAUGAUAUGAGAUCUAGUUGUAUCAUGUAGCAUCAGUGUCAGCAGAAGAUCAGGAGGCCUAAUGAGGUUAUGUUCUUCUGGGUAAGCCUACCAUCUGCACUUCAUGAUGAACAAAUUAUGGAUAACUAUACAAUCAUACAGUUCUCUAAAUGGUGAGUUAUGGCACGCGUGAGAGCAACCCCCUGCAUUGGAAUUGGAACAAAUGCCUCAGCCCAGAAAUAAACUGGUGGGCAUUGUGCACUUAAUGGCAGGUCAGAAACACACCUACACAAAGUGAAGCAUCCCACCUAGACUUCUUCUGAAAAGAUAGUUAAAGGCCAACACUGAUUUCUGCAGGCAAUUGGCAACUCUCCUGUACUUCACACAGCGGCUAACGACUGUACAGACACUGUUGUUAGUCUCCUUGGAAAGACAUCACUGCACCAGCCAGGCUGGGUGCCUGAGAACUGCCUCAGCUUAGCAACGAUCAUGUUUGGAGCAGAGAGGCAGGUCAGCAGUAUAUCCAGCAAGAAACAUGUUGGUAAAUUCUGUCUUAACAAGCCAUUUUGUGCAACAACACCCAGUUUUUGUUUGAACAGGAAGACCCCAUAAGUUCCAUUUGUUUUAACAAGUGGAACUUAUGGGUUUUGAAAAAUGAAAAACUGAUUGUUGCCCUGAGGUGGCUUUCAGGAACGGGGAGGACAUUAGGAGACUGCUCAUAGUUUGUCUCUCCUACUUUGUGUUUGAGCCGUCAUCCAAUUGGAAAGUGGUUUGAGGCUGUCCUAAGGUCAGUAAAGCCAGGGUUGGCAAGUUCUCAAGAUUUGUAUUGACGAUACAUUAAACAUGAUGCCUCGACUUCUCUAUCAGGCUGCUUUUAUUGUGAUAAUACAGAAUAUAGUUACACAAGUCUAGGCACUGAAUGUCUGCUGGGCUCAACUAAAAUCACUUCUCUCUCUCUGACAAAGAUGAGUUGGAAAUGGGCACAGAGCUUGUUGCAUGUGAUCUACAUGAGAUUUAGAUUUCUCAAAAUGAAGUGAUAGAAGAGAAGUCUUGACCGAAGUUGAAUUCAUUAGUUUGUUUAUAUGAUUUGGAAAUGCAGACUGGCCCGAUGACUGCUCAGUGCUUCCUGAUAUCAUUGCCGAGACCUUUCUUUACUGUCUUACACCAGCCAUACAAACCAACCCCUCUACCUGCGUACCACUGGAGUUCUUCACAGUUUCAAUAAUGUAUAAUACUGUUCAACUACUACUAUUACUACUAAUAGAGACAUUUUCAUUUUCCUUGUUUUGAAAAGGUUUUGGAAGCUGUUUUUUUUUUUUUUGUAACGCUUUUUCUGGCCGCGGUGGCUCGUAUCUAACUAGAAAGCUGAGUCAUUAUCUGCUUCCUCUGUUUUACUGGCGCUUUGCUCUCCUCUCGUUACAGCAAAGUAAAGGCUCAAAAUCCACUACUCAGACACGCUGCAUUGAUUGGAGGUUUAGUAAUACAAACUGGGCUGUUGUGGAGGCAGAAACAAAGUCAAGAUUGGUGGAGUCAAAGAACAAAACUGAUUUAAGUCAAGAAGCCUUCGGUUAUUCUUUUAGGAUUUGGAGGUCAUUAACUGGCACACAGGUGGAUUGUGGUUUCCGUUUUUAUUUUCUUUCAGCAAAAAUGGCAACUGUUUUGUCAAAGUCUUGACACUGUAACUAUUGGCUGACCAAAACAUAUAUAUGAAGAUUUAUACCUGUACUGUGAGAAAUAAAAACAAAAAUAGUUUAAAUAUUUUUUUUGCUUUAAUGUUGGAGGAUAUAAGUUGGUCCAAAACAAACAAAAGCUUUUCAGCAGCUGAGAAUUUCAGUCAAUCACGAAUAUAAAACUAUAUCUACAAAAAGUACUCUAAGGUUACUUGGAGUGAUUUGUUUUCUAAGAUUUGAAAAAACUAAAUUUGCAAUCCUGUGUGAAAUGUAAAAAAGAUUUAUAAGAUGCCUAUUUAUUCCGACCAAAAUUCCAAAACAAACGUGAUGUGUGGUUUGCCAUUUUUGUUAGAAUAAUUACCUGUAACCAUUAAUCAAACAUAACAGUUGAAGAGACAAUGUAUGGUCUCCUUUUCUAUCAAUUUAUUGGCUAAUUGUUUCAGCUUAAUCUUUUCCUGAGUCGACAUUUCUCAAUCUUAAAGGAAUUUUUCAUGAAAGAAUAGCAGCCAUGUUAAGUUAAAGGAAAUUUGAAAAGAACUUGUCCUUAUAAUACACUUCCUUUAGUUUUAUUAUGACUGUUUCAUUGGGGCAUCAGUCCAAAAUCUCUUUGCCAAAAACACUCUUUGGCUCUGCCCACUGAAGCUCAACACAGUGAGAUUAUGAUGUAUCUGCCUCAAUAGCAGCUCUGAGAAAUCUCUUUUAAACUAAAGCUCCCGUCUGCUCAAACUGUGCACCUUUCUCUGCCUUCAUCUUCCAACAUCUCCCUCCUCCCUGCUCAUUAGCCAUCUCCCCUCCCCUCCUCCAUCCUUAACCCCCCCCCUCCCCCCCCUCCAAUGUUGAUAACUCCUCCUUUUUCUCUCCUGUCCAGUUAUCAGCCUCCUUGGCCCAUGUGGCACUUUUGGAAUCUCUGUUAAAGCAUAGGAAGAUCAAAUUUCUUCUUCUUUUUAAUAUGAAACGAAAAAAGGAUGUCUGUAGCUUUAAGGACAAAUAAUGACAGGCACAUCUUGUGGAUGUACAUGUGAGGAGGGGAAAACGUUUCACUCUGCUUUGCUCUGGGUUGCUGAAAGAGAGAUAGAGAGAGAGAGAUGGAUAGAGAGAGGAGAGGAGGGAGACAUUACCUGAACCGAAGCCAGAGAAGCAAGCAGAGAAAGAGAACAACUUGUUCUUUCCCCUGCGUUCUGUUUGCAGCCCGUCUACACAGUUGAGUUAACAAGCAGCUAAUAUAAACAACACCAGGCCCUUCCCUUCUGCUGCCCUCUUGCCUCCUCAUAUCUGCCUCUCUCUUUCAACCCCCUGUACUUUCUCCACUCUCUCCCUCUCUCUCUGUACAGUCAGGUCUCUAUACAGGUGUUUCCUUCACAAACUGAAACAACUGAAUCAGGAUAGCAGUGCAGAAACUUUGAAGACUGGUCAUUAAAUAACACAUUUGGCCUUGCGAAGGAUUCAGUAUUCUAUAACCAACAUUAUUUUCCCAUAAAAAUCACCCUCUGUUGAUAUAUAUUGUCGGUUGAUGUUUUUGUUAGAUUACAUGUAACUCAGCCAACAUUACUACGUGAGUCCUGAUAAUAACAAGCCAUAAUGACAUAAUGCAGGACAUCUUCUUGGUGUCUUUUUUUUUUGCCUUUGCUAGGGAUGACUUAUUUGAUUCUUUAAUCCAAUGAAACACAAAAAAAUUCAGCCUUUCUAAAACAUGCACAAAAGUUACAUUUUCUGUACAAAGUAACAAAGAUAAAAACUGACAACAAGGACUGUCUUGAGGAACAACAGUCCUUGAAAGUGUAAAGUGAAAAUGCCAUCUUCAUGCACACCUGCACUAGUUUAUGGGCCUGUGGUGACUACAGAUUGCUAACUUGUAAUGAAAGGAAAGACUGAAAAUAAUUAGUUUUUGCUGAAUUUGUUUACAUAUGAGAGAGUUUAAGCACUGGGGAGUUGACUGAACUUUUUGCAGAUUACACUUUGUCCAUGCUUAGCCCUUCAAUGUAGUCGUGAUCAAAUGUUAUUAAUCGAGAAAUAACUGAUUGCGACAUGGGAGGGAUGUUGCUGAGUAUUGACAGGACAGGUGAACACAUUUCUGGUGUUGGUCCAGAUUUGAUAAUCUUAAAAAGAAUAACAAGUAACACCAGCUUCAUCACUAAAAUGUCAAAAUACAUCACCCAUCUGUUAAUACUCAGUGAUUGUGUGCAUUUUUAUCAAGAUAAGAUUAUAAAUUUGACCAAUGCAAUCAAGUCUUGAAGCUGAAUCCAUUUAUAGAUUUUUUUGCCAAUUGAACUUGAAGUAGUGAUAGAAACAUGGCUCGAGUCCAUUUUCUGGUUCCUCCCUCACACUCUGAGAGGUGUACUCAGCCUCCCUUUCCAUCUGGUUUAAGCAUUAGGCUCCUGGGAGGUUCACACUCAGACAUACAUACAUCACUGCAGACAAAUUGAGUUGUAAAAGCAACCGAGACACACGGAAGAUCAAUUUGGCAAAAGCCACCGUCUCCCACUGGUGGUCAAGCAACAUUUGGUAACAUUUAAUUUGAGCUCGGCUGGGAACUGUACACAAAGUAUAAAUACAACAAAGGGACAUGAGUAGGAAUCUGUCAUUGGAGGGAAAAAGAGUUAUUUCAGCAGACACUGGAGACACUUCACUUCCAGGUGUGAAUGCAAAGUCAAUAAAUCAUGUCUCUAGUCAAAAUUUAAAUUGACUCUGCAGGUUAAGACCAUAUAAAGAGGCCCUCUGUAUCGUAUUUCUGUCUCUGUUUUGUCACCUACUUUAAUUACAUUUCUCUAUCUGUCUCUGAUUUAUUUCUCUCUCCUGGUUUCUGUCAUUUUAUUUCAUUGUUCACUGUUCUCCUCCACUGCUUUUAUAAUUGGACUUCGUUUUGUCUUUAGCACACACAUGGCAAAUUCUCCUCUAAGGAAAAUAUGUAUUUAUUUGGGGGAAGGGAAUAUUUUGGAUUAUGUUACUUGAGGAUAUGCAGUCUCUCGGUAUGUGUGUGUCUUAUAAAAGAUUGUGUGUGCAGACAGGUGUGGAUGUCUGUAGUUACAGGUAUUAGAGGAAUAAAGUUAGUGUGUGCAAGGUGAGACAGAGUUUGGGUUAAAAGUAGCUGCAUCAGUCCAGCAGGUAAACUGGUCUCCCGUCUUUCUCCUCUUCCAUUAGGCUACGUCCACACUAAAAGCUCCCUUAUUUUGAAAACCCCAACAAGUCAACACUAGCCUUUUUUAUAUCUCGUAUUCCCUGAGAUCUCUGUCUACACUGAAAUGCCUAAAAAAGAAACAGAAACAAUCCAUUCUGGAGAGAUAAAAAAAUCAGAAAUCAGAAAAAGAGCACAUUUUCUGGGUACUACGAUGCUGAGGCUCUGCAGUUUCAACAUCUGUUGAGUCCCCUCUUGCUCUCUGUGACCAGCGUUUAUGUGUGCUAUUCCAUAGCCAAAUUCUCAUAUUUGUUCUUAUUUAACGUCCCAGUAUAAAAAACCAGUAUGAAUGUACCCUUUGUAAUUGGUUUCAUUAACCCUAAUGAGUCACAUUUCAGGCAAAUGUGUCAUCCAUAAUAUUUAGCCAUAUUAAUACAUUCAGUUUUUUUUACAUGCAUUUAAGUCACUGCAUGUCAGUAAGCCUUCUUUCAACUUCUAUGACAGAUGCUAAUCCACUUUUCCUAUCAAUGAAACAGCAAAGCCCGCAGAUGGAAAUAACCAUUUUUUACAAGUCUCAUCUAUUGCAUAACAAGGCUGGAAUAAAUCCAUUUUUGGUGACAGGUUUUUAAAAAGCUGCAGUUUUGAUUAAGAAAAACACUGGCUGAAUGUGGACAAAGAGCCAUAACAGAAUCCUUUGGGUGUACUUUUAUGCAUAACCUCCCUGUUUAUAGUCUUUGUGUUGCCGUGGCAUUUAAUGUCUCUUUCAUCCACUUCAUGUCUCUCUCUUUUCCCUUUUUCUCCUCCCGUCUUUCUCCAUGUCGCUCCUCAGUGCAGAAUAAGUGUUUUCAGACCCUCAUUGAUAACUAAAAAAAAAACGUUCCUUUCUUGCCUGACCUGUAAUCCAGAGUUUUCUCCCUCAGGUUUAAAACACAUUGUGAGUUAUCACGUAGAGACGGUUUGGUUUUCAAAAUUUGAGCAACUUGUUUUUCCUGUUAUUUAAUUCUGUACUUACUCCUAUAAGCACUUACAGUAUGUAUAUCCAAUUUUUUUUAGAUUUAUCUAUUUCUCUCCCUUCACUCUGCUCUCUCUCUCUCUCAUGAUUAUUUUUUUACAUUACUGGUCAUCAUUCUGCAAAAUUAGAUUGUUUGGCAUCACAUUGGUCAUAUUUAGGCACUAUUUGAAUACCAAUCAGCAUAGUCCAAUCAAAGCAGAGCUGGACACAGGUUUCUCCUCCUCCUCCUGUCUUAUUUGUCUUUAUAAAGGUGUUCAAAUCUGGUGUCCAGCGUCUCCUCCACUCUGCAUCGGCUGUUCAAUACAAUAAUAUGAAUGUUGCAGGAGUUAAUUCUUCUGUAUUCUUUGUUUCAAAGAAUGUUGUGCCAUUUGUUAAUAGCAAAGAGAACUAUUGAACAUAUAUGACAAAGAAGAGCUAUUUUAAAUUAUUUUUUGGCUUUUUUUGCUAUAUUUAUUUUCUUGUAUUAGAAUCUUCUUUGUAGGAGGGAAUAUAAAAAAAUGUAUUUUUCAUUAGUGCGAAAAACCUAUUUUCUUCCUUUUUGUACAAUUUCGAUGUUUUAAGCGAGACUUUGAAAAGCAAUAUGAUGAUGAUGAUGUUUCCUGUGACUGUAUCUGCAUGCUGUUUGUGUUGCCUUAAUGAUGGCUGCAACCCACUUUCAACCCACCCAACUCCAACCUGUUUCCUCCAAAUCCCCCCCCCCCCCCCCCCCCCCCUCCAACUCCUACCAACUGAUGGAGUCCCAGUUCCACCUGAUCCAGUCCAGUCCAGUGCAGUCAAUAAAGCAGUGCUUUCUGUGUACACAAA